UGCAGGCGGCCACGGUCAGUCUGUGUAUUUUACGGAGUACAGACACCAUCGAUACCUAGCCCUGCCGCAUGCCGCCUACGGAACCAACCACACCCUUCGGACUACGGAGUAAUCCGAAGUAAGUCAUAUAAUAUUCUCCUUAAUGUCGUAUAACUUCCGUACGGGUAAAUAAACACCACCACAUGCCAAGAGCGUAUCGCUUCUUCUGCUUCUUUGUAACUUCCUGGCAGCGUCAUGCACCCGGGUCAGAUGUGAAGGUCACCAAUGGCCAAAUAUCUCCAACAUAUCCCUCCCGUGUUUCAUCCGUCGAGGAAGAAGAAAACCUCACAGAAAUCAGCGGAUUAUUAGUCUUCGCUGAACUUGCCAGCGAGCUCCUGGCUCUAGCGGACGCCAGCCCAAGUUUAGCUCCCGUAUUUCACCAUGGAUCCCUUCGCCAUGGGAAGUAGCGGUGUGGUCACGAGACUGCAUGGGCUGGAGGUUUGUGCCUGUGCGGGCACGAUACAUGGAAGAGGGCGAAGCAAUGGUAGGGUAGGGGGAAAUGCCGGUCAAUGGCGGAAAUGAUCUCAUGGGUUUCAUGGGUUGCUGUUAAGCGUAUCAUCGCCCGAAGCAUAAUGAGGCGUCGUGAAUUAUCAACACCCAAUCAUCUGUUUGGGGAUCCAAUAAUAACACCUCGU